UGAGAUGACAGUUUGCGCAUCAGCGUUUCUUUCUCGAUAAAAGCUUCUUCUUUCUCUUGCUAACAUUUUCGUUGCGUCUUUUAGGCGAGAGAAAAACGUGCCAAAUGCUUGAUCUCAUCUUAAUCUCACAUAAGUGUGUGGUAAGAAAAAUGUAUUAAAAGCUUUUAAAAAUAAACAUCGAGAUUUCAAGCUGUGGUUUAUAAAUAUGGAAGAAAACAGCGAGAAUGCAGUUUCGAUGCAAAAAAAAUUACCAACGUCCCACGAUUCUGGCUGGAAUGAUCCACCAGCCUGGGCUCUAGCGGCCGCAUCUCAAAAUUCUAGCACUGGAACGCCGAAAAAGAGGCUGAUGAACAAGAGGGUGGCAUUCCCACUGAACUCUAAACCUAUGGAACCAGCAGCUUGUCCUACCAAAGAUCAAAACAUGCCUCCGAUGGUUAACAUGCCACCACCUGUGGGUGUAGGAAGUUUGACGACAGCUCCGCACAGGCCACUUGUGGCACCAACAAAAGCUAGGGAUGAGGAUUCAGACGUUGAAAUUGACAAAGAAGAAGCACUGAAGGAUACCCUUGAUAAUUUGUGCCAUGCCAUGGAGCAGCUCAACUCUGAUAGGAGUGGUGAAAUCAAAAAGAGAAUAGAUAGGAUGGAGACCAUGUGGAACGAGGAUAAACUUAACAAAGUUGUGCAUCGGAAACUGUUGGAAGUUUCUAAAGCCCUAAGGGAAGGUGAGGUGGAAAAAGCAGAUCAGCUCCACGUUUCGCUCAUGAUGAGUAAUGCCUCAGUUUGCAGUUCUUGGAUGCCUGGCAUCAGGCAGAUCAUUACAGAGAUGAAGUCUAAAAAAUUGUGAUUGUGGCUUAUAAGACUUUUUUUUU